AUGAAAGGCCCAAAGCGCGUGCUUGCUUUUGGGGGUUCGUAUUACAUCUUUCGCGAGGGCGUAAAGCCAGAAAACCUGGAAGUACUCGCUAACAAUCUCGCAAAGUUCAUCAAUGAUCAUGGACUGGAUGGUAUUGAUCUGGAUUGGGAGUACCCUGCAGCACCUGAUAUUCCAGGAAUACCAUCCGCCGAUCGCAUCGAUGGCAAGAAUUACCUCGAGUUUCUGAAGCUGCUCUGUAACAAACUACCAACGUCUUUCUGGUGCCUCAAGCCAUUCCCUAUUGCUGAGAUUGCGAAAACGGUGGACUAUAUCGUAUAUAUGACCUAUGAUCUGCAUGGCCAAUGGGAUUACAGCAGCCAAUGGGCUAACGUGGGUUAUCCGAAUGGGAAUUGCUUGCGUUCACAUGUCAACUUGACUGAAACCCUCAACUCACUAUCUAUGGUCACCAAAGCUGGAGUGCCAAGUAACAAGUUGAUUAUUGGCAUCUCAAGCUACGGUCGAUCUUUCCGAAUGACCGACCCUUCCUGCACUGGACCGCACUGCACUUUUGUCGGUCCCUCGUCGGCUGCUACCAAAGGAGAAUGUACUGGCACACCAGACUACAUUUAUAAUGCUGAAAUUGAUAAGAUUAUUGAGAAUGGUGCUGGAGAGACAUCGUUUGACAGAUUCGCUGAUUCCGACAUUCUUGUAUAUGGCUCCGACUGGGCAGCAUAUAUGUCGGAGACAACAAAAGCCAGGCGAACUAGUCUAUACAAAAGUUACAACUUUGGCGGUACCACCGAAUGGGCUGUUGAUUUGGCUAAGUUCAUACCAAACUCUGGCGGCGGUAGCAACGUGCCUGCGUUACCACAAGAAGGCGAGGAGUGGAUGGGAAUUGACUGUAGCCAUAAACUGGCUAGAGACGAAACUGCCAAUCCCAUUCAACGAUGGAAUCAGCUCAAAUGUAAAGACGCAUGGGAUUCUGCAAUUCAUGCCUGGAAGAAUAGGGCUCCAGGUGGGACGGACCGAUUUGUAGUGUACGUCAGCAGCUACCUGAAGGGCCCACCAGAUAUGGUGUGGCAGAUUAACGCAGAAGAAAAUGAAUUUUAUAAUACAGUUGAGUGCAGUAACGAACAAGGCAAAACUCCAGUUGGAGUUUUGAUUUUGCGGAGUUUCACGAAAUUAAGCAAGGGGUUCUACAAGGGAGUAGAGAGCGCUGGCAACACAUUUGACCUGACUAUGGAGGAUUUUGCCGACACAUUUGCUCCAGCACAAGAAGCCGAUGGGUCCACGAGUGACUAUAUGCUUUUCUCGGUACAGGUCUGGGAAGUUGCCAUGGCGGGUGUCGACAUGGGAAUGACAGCAGCAGCAAAGGCAACCGAAGAAUCGACAGUCUUGGAGCCGAUUACCAAGGACUUGGGCGUUGCACUUAGCGCCAUAACGGUUAACUGGAAGAGGCUUGUCAGCAAGACCGUUACCGACACAUUUUUGGGUACUGACGAGAGUAUCGCAUAUCUGACGACAAUGAUCAACGAGAACAAACUUCUCCACACUGAAAUCCAGGCGGCCGUCGACAUAGAAAGGAGUGCUCUUCGUGCUCUUUGUGCUCUCUAUGCCUACAUCAUACCCAUGCGUGAACAACAGAAACCAUUUCCUGUUGAGUCCCGAGGGCCAUUUAAUCAAAUGCGUGCCCUGGGGCAGCAAGGAAGUACGAUGCGAAGAACUCCCCAUGUCGCUGUAAACGGGUAUGAAGGGCUCGGUGAAUCUGGCGAACUGGGCCAAGAGAAAUGGGGUGGGAUAACGAGGAGCGAUAUCAUCAAAAGCACCCUCACCUGCUACGCCAUCAAGCAAAACCGCGAUCUCGACCGACCGGCCGACGUAGCCAAUCCCGGUGGGCGAGAGCAGCUCCGGCAGCAAAUCAAAGGCGGCGACAUCGUGUCGCUUCCGGGCGUAAUCCAGAUUCCCAAAUGCGGGCAAAAGGAGAUUGCGCAGAACUGGCGCGAGUAA